GGGGAGCGGCGCCAUCUUGGGGCCGGGGCCGGGAUUUUCGGCCCCUCAACCUCGGCCCUAAGCGAGGGGUAGCGCAGCGCUCCGGUGGGUUCGUCGCUCUUCUCCAUCCAGCCGCGAGCCAUGCACGUAGCGGGCUUUGACUCGUCAGACGAAGAGGCCGCAGAGGAGGAGGAGGGGGAGGAGCCGGCGCCGCUGCCGCUGUCCUGGCUUCCGCUGCCUCCUGCCUACUCCUCUGCGUUCCUGGCUGUGUGUUCCCUGCCAGGUUGCAGGUUUAAGGACAUUAGAAGGAACCUUCAGAAAGAUAUCGACGAACUAAAGAGCUGUGGGACACAGGACGUUUUUGUGCUUUGUACCAAAGGAGAGCUCUUAAAAUACCGAGUACCAAACCUUAUAGAUGCCUACCAAGAGCGUGGGAUCUGUGUGCACCACUAUCCUAUUCCAGAUGGAGAUGCUCCUGACGUCACCACCUGCUGCACAAUUCUGGAAGAGCUCAGAAGCUGCCUGGAAAGCAACAGGAAGACAAUCAUCCACUGUUACGGUGGCCUCGGACGCUCCUGUCUCAUAGCUGCAUGCCUCCUGCUUCAGCUUUCGGAUGUGGUGACACCUCAGCAAGCAAUAGACAGCCUCAGAGAAUUAAGGGGAUCUCGGGCGAUACAGACAGUCAAGGACAACUUGAGCAGAGUCACAGAACGGCCCGGGUUGGAAGGGACCUCAAGGAUCACGAAGCUCCAACCCCCCUGUGCCAUGCAGGGCCACCAACCUCCCCAUUUCACAGCAGCCCAGGCUGCCCAGGGCCCCAUCCAACCUGGCCUUGAACACCUCCAGGGAUGGACGGGGCAUCACAGCCUCUCUGGGCAGCUGUUCCAGCACCUCACCACUCUCAAAAGAAAGCACUUAAAUAAAUACGGAUGCAUGCCAAGCUGAGAGCAUCGAUUGGCAAUCAGAAUGUGAAUACAUGACAUUUGUGUGGUUUCUGGAGGAAACUGCAUUUCAUCCUCUUGGCUCAGUAUUAAUAUCUGAAGUGCUGUGCUUCAGUGUAUUGCUUUCUUUGUCUCAUUAAAAUGCAGAUGUUUUAGCUGUAGCUCUUUGUUCUUUUGGCAGCUUAUAAAUGCUGUGGCAGACUUUUCCUUUAGUGCAAUGUCUUGCUCUUGUUUACAUCACUUCAUUAGUUGCUACUGCCUCAAAGAUAUACCAUCAAUUGCUUUCAGUCUGAAUUAAUUUACCUUUUGAUC